AUGUGGGCUCGUGAUAUUUUCACUGGAUUGUUCGAAUCAAUGCCAACAUCGAUCAACAAGUACAUUACGGACGAAGACUACAUCUCUACAAUGCAGGUCAAUGACCCAGGAAGCGUUUUACCAACACUCAGAACGAUCAAAUAUUUCAUGGUCGACCACCAUCCAAAGAACUUCUCAGAUUGCGCCAGAAUAGCUCGCGGCAAGUUCGAAGAGCUCUUUGUCGACAAGAUCAACGAGUUACGCACACAAUUCCCAAGAGAUUACGUUUCUGAGACAGGUGUUCCAUUCUGGACCGGAAACCAGAGAUUCCCAUCCCCAAUCUCCUUCUACAAGACCAAUGUUGAGCUUGGCAACUUCAUCCGCUCUACAUCUCAGAUUCUUGCCCGCAUUUUCAACAUCAAACCAGAAGGAGAUGCCGUAGAACUUGCUUUUGCCAACGAAGCAAUCAAAGCCACAGCUCCUGUCCGUGAUGCAUCAGCAGAUCCAUUGACACAAGACGAAAUCGAGAAAGAAAACCUCAUCAAGGAACUUUCCGCAGCCAAAUCAUCCUUCCACAAGGUCAACCAAGAGGAAUUCGAGAAGGACGAUGACUCAAACGGCCACAUGGACUUUGUUGCCUCAGCAGCAAACUUAAGAGCAUCAAACUACGAAAUCCAGAACGCAUCCAAAUUAGAGAUCAAGAGAAUUGCAGGAAAGAUCAUUCCAGCCAUUGCCACAACAACAGCAAUGAUCUGUGGAUUUGUCUCUCUCGAGAUGUACAAGAUCCACUCAAUUCAGCCAAAGAAGUUGACUGAUUUCAGAUCAGGAUUCAUCAACUUGGCAUUGAGUUUGUUCUCUAUCUCAGAACCAGGCGAAUGUCCAAAGAAGAAAUGCACUGCAACAAAUGAGGAAUACUCACUCUGGACAACAUGGGAUAUCGAGGGAGAUGUAACUGUUCAGGAGUUCAUCGACCAGGCAAAGCAGAAAUACAACGUUGUUGUUGA